AAAUCUAGCAGAGUUGACUAAUUAUGAGAAAGAAGAUAUUAACCUGGAAGAGAGAAAGAAAACGCUAUUUCUAAAUGACAAAGGCAAUUUCUAUAAAGCGAAAACAGCAUUACGAUUUAAUGAACAGGGUUUUAAUGAUCGAAUGGAAGAAAUGGUGGGCUUGGGAAGAUCUUUAGAGGCCCAAGAAAGUGAACUUGGGAAAGUUUAA